CGGUGCGAAAAUCCUGGGAAUCUUACACUAAGAAAUGGUAGUGUUAUUACAUCUGACCCUAAGUACAACAUUGGAGCUACACUGGUGUUUGAAUGCAAUGAAGGUUUUGUACUCAAAGGGAGGAGUACGAUAACCUGCCGGAAAUUCGGUUGGGAUUUUCGAAGACUACCUCGCUGCAAAGGUAGGUUGGGUACGACACAGGAACUUACUAAAGGUACCCACUCAUGUUGUAACUCUGAGUAGGCCGCAGUUUAUUCAGAUAGAGUACGUCAGAUAGGAACUUCGCCAACAAUAUGCUGAAAUUACAAUUACUCGAAAUCUGUUUAGUCUAAUUGUUGAAUAUUUGACAAACCACAACAAAGCGUAUACAAAUUACUGGCGAGAGAAAUCGAUACAAACCGAUAUGGGAGAACCUAUCGAUGAAGCGAUGACUUUCUAUGAUGACUUCCUGAUUGAUACUUUGAAUAUCUAUUUAUCGACCGCACCAAGUAUCUGUCCUAGAGAGACGCCCGUUUUAUAGAGGGUCAAGUAAAGGGAGAAAAAAAAAAGGCCAAGACCAACCCUAGGUGUCCGUUUUAAAAGGUGUCCGUUGAGAGAGUCGACUGUAAUUUGUAAAAUACUCAUCGCUACAAAUAUACCCAUCUGAAGCCAUAAAAAUAAUGAAGAAAUGUUUUGCUCUUUGCCAAGGUUUAUAACCGCUGAAAGAAACGGAAAUGUUAAGACUGACAAAAAUUCGAUGAAAAUCGAUAAUCGAUUAGUAACAACUGUUCCCUUUAAUCAAUCGAUUAUAUAAUCAAUCGAGUGUUGUCGAUUAUCGACUCUAACGAUUGCACUUAAGUCUCAUCAGCGACGUAUCAAUUUAUUUCAUAUAAAGCAAAUUGAGCAAACACUGCUAAUCACAUAUAAUUACCCAUACCGGCUUUGACAGCCUUAAUCAUGAGGUACCUAAGGCCUAGGCCAAACGUCAAACUUUUCAUGAGACGGACUAUAGACGGACUAUACAAAAAGGCUAAAAGUCCACGUUGCAGUUGUAUAGGUGGUGAGAAAACGGGUUAGUUUUCAAGAUCGCGAGAACGAAAAUACACCAAAAUUUCCUAGCACCGAAAUAUGAUAUUAAGCAGCAUUUUGCCGCUGCUUAAGAACAAUUUGAGUCAUUUAUAACGUCGACUUUAUUAAAUAAACUAUCACGGCUAUUGAAAAUUUAAGUUUUGAUGUAUAUUUUCGUUUUAGUCGAGUUCAAACAUACAGAAUUUUUUAUUUCUUACGGAGGUUAUUUGCUAAACACCAAACUUUAAAUUCCUGGUGUUAGAUUUUCAUUGGCUGGUCUAGAUCGCGCAGAAUUAGGCGUUUAUCAAUUUCAAAGCUUUUUGUUUAUUGCUGUCAUAGUAAUAUCGAUUUUACCAAAACCUACAUUUUGACAAAUUUCAAUCUAUAGUCAGUCACUAGCGAUUAGACAAGGAUAAAAUCACUUUUAAGCGAUUGAAAAAUAUGGGUAUGGCCUCUGGAAAACUAUAUCGAAAGACCUUAACUGAGGCAGACGCGUCGAACUUUUCCUGAACUUUGCUCAUUAAGCCGGUUCGUCUUAUGAAAACUUCGGCGUUUGGCCUAGGCCUAAAGUAAUCGGUGAUGAGCAAAUAUUCCAUUAAACUUUGACAUACUAAUAGUUUGUCAUUAAAAAUUGGGGGAGGGGAGGAAGCUUUCUUGUUUUGACUUCUCCAAUGAAAUUUUGUUCAGUCCCCAACUAUAACGUGAGGAGAUUUACUUUUAUUAUCGAUUUUUGGAAGACGGACCGUUUUAAGAACACUUUUAUUUUGUCAUCGUGCCUAAAGUACAAUUAAAUAAUCCGGUUUGAAUGCUUUUAUAUAUUAUAUGUUCUCUGUCUUACUUAUAAUAUUUUAUUUUAUUUUAUUUUUCAGAGAAACUCUGUCCUAAUCCAGGGAGACCCAAACGCGGUUAUCGGUUGAUGUCUGGAAGCUUCGGGAUUGGAAGCAAAGUGUGGUUUUCUUGUCAGUCGGGAUAUAUUUUACAUGGUUCAAGGGAAAGAACAUGUAGGGAAAAUUAUGAAUGGAGUGGAUCGCUGACCACCUGUCAGGAUCCAGAUAGACGUAAGUUAACAUAAACGGGAUUUCUAAGUCAUUCAUCUUUUUCAGUCUUUUUUUAAAUUUUCUAACUAUUUUUUCCAGGGUUCUUUGGAUCACUACCUACAACUCAAAACUAUAAAUUUUUAAUUUUCACGCCCGCCUCCAGAGCCAGGAAAAAGCGCCCUGGGGACGAGAUAGGUUGAUUUUAUAGCAGCCAGCAGAGGGCAAGUGUAAGCCUACAAAGACUAUCUUAAGCUUUGCUUCUAUUGUUGCAUUGCUUUUCAGGCACAGGCUGCCCAGUCCUUGGCACUCCUAUUGGUGGGCGCAUAUACGGUCAACGUAGAAAAUACAGCUAUGGUGACAUAGUAAAGUUUGAAUGUAACCAUGGUUUCGUACUUGAAGGCUCAGCAGUAAGAAAAUGCGCGUUCGACGGGAAAUGGAGUGGGAAGGAGGCAAUUUGUAAAGGUAGAAAUCGCACAUAGUACAUCAACCUACUUCUUACGCCACUAAAAAAGCUGUUCGCCUUUCUGAAGAGUCUUUUCAGAGGAAAUGCACAUUUUUCGCUAUUAAAACAGUAGGAUUUGGGGAAGGUCGCCGUCAUCGCAAACUUUUCAACUUACCAUGCAAUCACGUCCCAUUCUCUCGACCCAAAUUUACCUAACCACUGUUGUAUCACUUGAGCGGAGUGGAAGCAGUAUUCUAAAAGAAAAUACAUACCGAUCACCUUAAUUUGAUACAAUUCCACGCCAAGCUCAUUCUCGCAGUUGAUGCUGUGGACAAAAGAGGUGUACAAAAUGCACCCCUCUCUUUCAAGGUGUUUGAUUUCAGUAGUGUUUCUCCUGGUCUGGAAAAACAAACAAAUCAAAGGAAAGGGGAAAAAAAAAGCAGAAAAAAUAUCUAAAUAAAGAAAAUUGAUAACAAAACAGUUUAAUCUGCAAAUAAAAAUGAUAAUUAUUACACUAAAAGUAAAAUAGCCACCGUGGUCAAUGUCUCACAGGCCAUAGAUUGCAGAAAAUGCAGAGGAAAUAUUUAGCCCCGCUCCAAAAUGCUAAAUAGCUGAAAAGGACACGAUAGUGCCAGUGGAAAUUUUUAAAGGCAAAAAUAUGGCACCAUUGGACGCACUGUGCUUGCUACUUCAUAUGGGUUGCCGACGACUCGAGGACAGGGCGAUAGCCUUAUAGCGCGUUUAAAAGUCCCCAUACUACCUGAAUGAAAUUGUAAUUCUAUUUGGUUUAAAUGCUCCAAUAGCCAGGAAAGUAAAACUUAAACUGCAAUGAAAAACUUCUGAUUUAUAUAUAUAUUUUUUCAGAUGAAUUAGAAAACCGCUUUAAGGAUAUUAACUCUACUGCGAUUUUUCUUCGUAAAAACGUGAUUGACACAUUAAUGGAAUACACUUGUAACCACGUCAACCAGAGGGGAUGUAACAAAUCAAAGCCGACAGAGGGCAUGGACACAAGGGGAAGAAUGAUUAACUUGAACGACAAUAGUGGCCUGGAUCUUGUGUUUGUUAUUGAUGCCUCGUCUAGCGUAUCAAGAGAAGGAUUUCAAAGGGGUUUGAACUUUUCAAAAGAGCUAGUUAGAACUAUCGGGGCAAGUAAAAGGUACAAAUAAUUCUGUACAUUUGCUUUUCAUUAAAAUUAUUAUUAUUAUUUUUGGACAGCUUUUCAACAAACAAAUCUCUUUCAAAAUAGCGAGAUUUUUUUUUCCUCACAAUCUAACUUUCUCCCAUUCUGGUGGAAGGAAACAUUGCGUGAUCUUUAUUAAGUUCAGCGUCGGGAUUUUCACAUUUCCUUGAGCUGAGUGCUCGUACUGAAAGGUAUUUACGGAAGUGUUUCCAGCGUCGUUUUACUAAAAUAAACUAAAAAUCCCGGAAGGUUAGUCCCUUAUAUAAGCCAUAUACUGAGGUAUGUGCCGGCGCUUCAAAGGGUGGGGUUUUCGCGCAGUUUUGGUCUGAAAACGGGUAACUAAGCUUUUAGAGGAAACUAAGGGAGUAUAUGAACGUAAUUGUCGUUUCGAUUCCCAAUAAAUAAGGAAGACGAAGUAGUAAUAUACCAGUCCGAAAUGGAUUUCAAGAAAUCUCUUUGUUGGUGUUCCACUCUUAGGUUAGGAUUAAGGUUGUUGGCGCUAAUCUAUGUUUAGGUUUAAGGUUAGGGUCCGAAAACGCGCCGGUAUGGAUUUCAGAAGCCAAGUCUAAAAAUGGGCUUAGAAAAUAACAGUUUUUGUUCUGAGGGGGUCGAUAAAGGCAGCACACCUAAACCAAGAAUUUCCAGGAGUACCCCUUCCCCGGGGUUGGAAAAAAGGAAGGAAACUAGGGUUAGACUAUUUAGAAACUGAGUCGAACAGUUGAUUAUGAAGAAAUAUUUGUUUUUACACAGAUCAGACGGUACCCAAAUAGCACUUGUCACUUUUGGUACCGAAGCCAGGCUCUAUUUCAACUUAGGAGAUGCUGCCGUCGACACGACUGAAAAAGCCAUCGAAGCCAUUGACAGAGUAAAAUAUAUUGGCGGGGCUACUGCUUCUGCUCUUGCUUUGGACAUGGUCAGAAGGGACGUUGUAUCGCUUGCGCGUAGAGACAGUAAACGGGCAAUGAUGUUCAUAACAGAUGGAAUGUCUAACAUUGGUGGUCCACCGGAGAAAAUAGCUGAUUUUCUACGAAAACAGGAGGGCUUUGAAAUUUUUGCGAUUGGUAAAAGUAGUAAUGGAAACAAAAAUAUAUAAAUAGAUAAAAAUAGUAAUAAUUGAUGAAUACAGUGGAACCUCGAUUUAACGAACGAAGUCCUCGGUAUAACAAACGAUUUUCUUCAGGCCGGUCAAAAUAACUGUAAAAUGUAUGGAACAGAACCUCGAUUUAACGAACCUCGAUUUAAUCAAAUCCUCGUUAUAACAAACACAAUCAACAAGCGCAAACGUAAAAUUUACCUGAUAUAACGAAUAAAUAUGUGAAUGCCAAACAGACUAACAAGGAUAAAAUUUAAUAUGUGUACAGUAGUUUUAAGCAGUUUUGUUUGCCUGCCCUUGAGUUUCUAGUGCCGUUGCUCGGACUACCUGCUAUCACAGUAAUCUUUCUGAUCCGGAAAUGCUGGGUUUUAAUUUUGCAAAUUAAUUCUUAACUAUACCUUGAUAUAACGAACAUUUUGGUAGUUUUCCCGAAAUUUCGUUAAAUAGAGGUGUUCGAUAUAACGAACCCUCAAUUUAACGAACAAAUUUCCGCCCAGUCUCUUGGCACUUCGUUAGAUCGAGGUUCCACUGUACUUAUAAUACAAAAAAUGAGCAUAGUGGAGUGGAGAUUUGCUGACAAAAUGCAGCUAAAUUGUACGUAAAAUUAGCUGCUAAAAUGUUACUGAUGUAACCAAGAGUUUGUUUAGACACUUAAAUUUGACCGUCCGCUGGGUUCCUCCGGUCCUCUGCAUCUAUUAACUUCUAUUACUAAUGCUUAUUUCAUUGGGGAAAUAGACGGCUAACGCUAUGAAAAAUGCUAAUUACAAUUUGUUAAAGUAUUAUCGGUGUAUUUUCCGGCAGUCCAUGCAAAAACACACCCUCUAUUUAUGCAAGCCAAUAAUUAGCAAUAGCAAGUAAAAACAAAUCUUUUAACUUUGAGCCCUAAAUAUACGUUUAGGAUUAUUAAAGAGUGAUACAAAAUAUAUAUUUCAUAACACAUUUUCAACUACUGAGGCUAUUACUACAUUUCCUUACUGGUGGUACUUCUAUGACCAUAGUGCGAUAUCACAUUGUGUGUUUGCUGUGCUGGAUAGGCGGAGUACUGCCAGUCCUCUAAGCGUAGCAGAUUAACAAUCUUCGCAAGAUAUAUGGGGAGGCCACUGAUAGCUUAGUACGAUGUCGGGGCGGCGGUGCUGAAUGUUUAUAAGUUGAAGUCCCAUAGAAUUUAGGAAAUUUCAUUUUCCAAAACUGUUUCCACCUUGUGCUGCCAUUAUUGUUCCGAUCUUUCAUAUCCAUUUUUUCCACAAAGAGCCCAGAACCAGGAUUUGACUUGCAAUUCGAUUAUUGCGGUUGAGAUAGUCGCUGUUUUCGAGCAUUUCACAACCGCCUACAAUGCGGGCUACAGUCUCAUCCUUCUUCCACAUUAUCUGCAUUUAGGGGUAUCAGCGGAGUGGUAGAGUUUGGCCUAGAUGGUUCUCAUGCCUAAUGCUUUUUCUUGGGCUGUCACAAUUAGGGCUCAGUAAUUAAUUUGUGCGUCGUUGGGGUGAGCUAAAAAGCUUAAAAGCUCAAAGUUUUGGUGAGGUUAGUGCAUAUUAGUCAUGUGUGCAAUUUUCACUGAUGUGUGGAAAUGAAGUCAGCCAGGACUACAACAAGUCGAAAAGCUGGCUACGCCCCUGGAGGUGAUCUUAAGUUCGCCGCUAACUAGCCACUAGAAAUUUCAAUCUGUUUCUUGGGGUUGGCCCUCAGCAAUGGAAAGAAAUUUGCCAUGGAGCGGCUUAUCUCUCCUCAUCGAUUUAGGUCUCGAUUCAUUACGAGAAUGUCACUCAAGUCAAUCAUUCUGUUUAUAUACUAAGCACCUUCCUGAGGAUUCGUGCAGAUCCCAGCAUGCAGAUCUUUUGGGUUCUGUCACAGUAACUCUCUCUGAUACUUUCUUGAUGUUUUCAACCAUCCCCUUCUUUAUUGUACCAAGCGCACCAAUAACCACCAGAUUCUCUGUAUUUCUAGUUGUAGGUCUUUGUACUUGCUUUUCUUUUCGAUUUCCUUCAGUGCAAUGUUUCUAUCUAAUGGAAAAGUCAUAGCAGUUUGCGGGUGGAAUUCACUGAAACUUUAACGAUGAUCAUGAUGAUGUUUUUAUUUGUUAUCAUAGGUGUAGGCAGAAAGGUUAAAAUCCGUGAGCUCACAGCCAUUGCUGAUGAUGAUGACCACGUGAUCUCGGUGAGGAAAUAUGCUAGUCUUCAAAAAGCCAUUAAGAAAGCAGUGUACACAAAGAUUGGUAAGAAUGCAAUUUUGCUUAUAACUAGCAGCAUGGAACAUUUUCUGAGGGAUAAAAAGUUUUUUUUUUUCAUGUUAGUUGUUUGUGUUUGUUUCUACUUCGUUUCUUGUUGUUGUUAUUGUCGUGUUUUUUCCCCUUCGUUUGUUUUUUUAUUAUUGUUAAGUUUUCUUUUGUUUUGUUUGGAUUCUUUUGCAAAUAUUGGCUUGUUUUAGUAGUUGGCAGUACCUGGCCUCAAUAAAAAUCUGAAAUUCAUAAAGAGCGUCUACGUAUCAUAAAAUUUGGAAAUUUUGUCAACUUAAACUCGACUGCUUUUGGAUCCGACUAGAUUAUUCAGCCUGUGGCGAGAGACCAGUUAGUCGAAAAUUUUGGAUUGCUGGGGGACAAAACUCGCACAGUAAAGGAUGGAUGAACCCAGUUAAUUCAAGAGCUCGGAUCGUUGGAGGGAGAAAAUCGCAAAAAGGAUGGUGGCCCUGGCAAAUUGGAUUACACAAAGUUGGUAAGAUGUACGAGAUGACUUCGUUUUCGAUAAUUAAACAUCAAGAAGGAGGAGGUACUUUUGUAAUUUUGUUCCUACAGGUAUUUUAAAGAAAUGUUCUUCUUAUUGUGGUUUGCAAUUAACACUCAACAAACAAAUUCGUUGCCUGAGUUUAUGAUGCUUAACUCAUUCCUUUUAAAUAUUUCGCUUCACUUAAAAUCUGAUGACAUGCUCAAUAAUUUCCACGUUGACUUCUGUGUUGUUGUUUUAGCUAACCAAGUUCUUUGCAACUAUAUAUUGCAUGAUUAUAUGCAUGUAUGUCACCUUUUUAGACCAUGAGGAAAGCAAGCUUAUUUGUGGUGGCGCCUUAAUAUAUCGCCAGUGGAUUUUGACUGCAGCGCACUGUUUUUAUACCUGGAAUGUCUUCCUGAGGAAAUACGUACUCGAUGGUAUUCCUAGAAAGUAAAUACCUCUUUAAUAGUUUUAGUUAUCGAUUAUUACAAAUUCUCAGUCUGAUCAAUGUUAGACCCUGUUUACAUGGAGUGGGAGACCCCGGUCUAGUGGGGUAAGUUUCUUUUGUUUUGUGUCCCCCAGAGCGUGAAAACCAUUAAAUGGUCAAUUGUUUUAUGAAUUUACAAAAGCAACAACAACAACAAAAACAGCAUAAUACAGCUACAGGACGAUGCUCUUCCUGCGACCAGUCUUGUAGGCGACCUGCUUUGAUUAGAACAAGUAAUUUUGACGGCCCCGGGGAUAAAGAAAACUGUCCGUAAUAAGGCUUGACCGUAUUAAGUGAGUGUCCUGAAAGCGGGGUUUGAUUGUAAUAGUAUUAACGUCUUAAUUUAAAAAUUUAGGAAAUUACAUACCAUAAGCGUCAACUCAAUAGUUCGAUUACCUCGAAUGAUUAAUUACUUAAAAUUAUUGAAACUAUUUAAUUGCUAAAAGCUCCCGUUACCAACCGACCGCAAUAUAAUUGUUUUACGUGGUUGUUCACGAUAGUCGGAUCUGUUCUCGUAAACGGCAAGCUCUAGUUGCGAUCACCCGUUAUGGAUACCCUUUGACUUGCGGUCAUUUACGUGGGUUUUUAUUGUAUCCGUUAAGUGAUUUUUUAAAAAUAUAUUUUUAAUUACUACCAGCGUGUACUUUUGACGGUGAAUUACAUUACUCUUUCUAUUCUAUUAAUUUUUACUCCAUUUCUCUUUUUAGAUACUUUAUCAAGGCAGGUGACCACAACUAUUUGAAGAAAGACAAUUCAGAGCAGUUGCUGCCUGUAGAAAAGAUUUACUUACACCAGGGAUUUAUUCAUAGUAUGUUCGUGAAUGACAUAGCUUUGGUGAAACUUAAAGAGCAAGUUGAACUUGGCAAGUUUGUACGAACUGUUUGCCUACCAGAAAAAGACGAAGGAGAUAUGGCGACCCCUGCAAAAUACGGAUAUGUUAGUGGCUGGGGGGCAACAAGAGCCUUGAAACCCGGAGAAGAUCCAAGAGCAGCUGACCGAUACUCAAAAGUCCUUAAAUACUCGUCUUUCAUGAUUCAAACGGAUCACGUGUGUUCAAACAGUACCAAGUACUAUUUCAACUCUACAGUGUCAUUUUGUGCAGGGGAUGGAAAAGGAGGAAACGAUACUUGCAAGGGUGACAGUGGUGGAGCUUUCGUACUGGAAAGAAAAAGGGAGACUGAUUACCGAUGGAUUAUUUCUGGCCUUGUAAGCUGGGGGGAGGGGUGUGCACAAAAGGACCACUAUGGAUACUACACAAGAGUCUACCCAUAUAUUGACUGGAUCAAAAAGAUUGUCACUGCACAUUCUUAA